AUGUGCAACGUUGCAAAAGUGGAAAAAAUUGCCCAGAAACUUGUAUACGCCUACGCUUCCAGCUCUGAAGAUGAGGGGGAACUGGAUGAAAAACAAAUUUUGGAUCAAUUAUACAAGCACUACCAACCGACGUCCGGUAGGUCUAGUGGAAAGCCGGGAAGUGACAAAGAUGUCGCCCGCACUACUACCUUCCUGGAAAACACCCUCCACUCUGGAGCGGCCACUUGCCUCAUCUGCAUUGGCAGCAUUCGACGUGUGGAGCCGAUAUGGUCCUGUGAGAGCUGUUAUUGCUUCUUCCACCUCAAUUGCAUUCAGCGGUGGGCCAAUGACAGCAUGAUGCAGAUGAAAGUAAGGGCGGAGCAGCAGAAUGGGAACCAGAAUCAGGGCCACUACAAUCAUUUGGGGGAGUUUGUGCCGCCCAAGCGCCAGAAAUCGCUGCACUGGUGCUGUCCCCAGUGCCGAAGGGACUACCAGCCGGCGGAGAAACCAACGCAAUACAACUGUUUCUGCGGCAAGGAAGAGAAUCCGCAGUCGCAGCCGUUCCUAGUACCGCAUUCGUGUGGCGAAAUUUGUAAGAAGCUACUCCAGCCAAAGUGCGGUCACGAUUGUAAGCUCCUUUGUCAUCCGGGGCCGUGUCCGCCCUGUGCUCAGCAGGCGCAAGUCUCCUGCCUGUGUGGGAAAUCCACUCCGCGCUCCAUGCGCUGCAUAGACAAGCAAUGGAAGUGCCAGCAAACGUGCAAAGAGCUCUUGGCCUGUGGGAAGCACAGAUGCAGCCAAGUAUGCCAUCGACCAGGACAGUGUCCGCCUUGCAGCAGCAAGAGCAACCAGCCAUGCGAGUGCAAGCGAGAGUCGAAGGUCGUAAGCUGCUCUGAUCGGAAAUGGAAGUGCACAAAUAUUUGUGGAGCGACGUUCGCCUGUGGCUUGCACACCUGUGAAAAGGUGUGUCAUGCCGGACCCUGCGGUGGUGGAGAGUGUCCCUUGGAAGUGAAGACAUGUCCCUGUGGAAAAAAUAGCCAAAUGCGGCCCUGCAACGAGGCUGUGGAAACCUGUGGUGAUACUUGUCAGAAGCUCUUAUCCUGCGGUCAGCAUUCAUGCACUCAGCGCUGUCAUCGUGGCAACUGCAUUUCGUGCCCAGUGAGGACAAAGAAGAAAUGCCGAUGUGGCCUUCAUGAGAAGGAGCUGCCCUGCUCCAAGGAGCACACCUGCGAGACCAAGUGCAAGCAAAUGCGUGACUGUGGCAAGCAUGCCUGCAACAGAAAGUGCUGCGGCGAUCAGUGCCCGCCCUGCGAAAAGAUCUGUGGCAAGCAGUUGAGCUGCAACAAGCACAAGUGCCAGUCCGUGUGCCACAACGGGCCCUGCUAUCCCUGCAAACUGGAGUCCCAGAUCAACUGCCGCUGCGGCAAGACGCGGCGCAGUGUGCCCUGCGGGCGAGAGAAGAGUGCGCGCAUCGUCUGCUUGGAGCUUUGUCGUAUAUCUGCGAAAUGCCAUCAUGCCAUUAAACAUCGCUGCCACAAAGGUGAGUGUCCGCCAUGUGGCCAGGUAUGUGCUCUUCCAAAUUCCGACAGCGGCUGUGGACACAUCUGCAAGGCGCGUUGUCACGAGGCCGUCAGAGUGAACCGGCCUGCUGAUGCGGCCCGCCCUCAAACCAAAAAGUAUGAAUACAAAUCACUGCCACAUCCACGCUGCGAGGAGAGCGUCAGCGUCACCUGCAUUGGAGGCCACGAGGUAGCCACUUGGCCCUGCUGGAACUCAAAGCCCACUUCUUGCCAGCGCAAAUGCUCGCGGAAGCUCAACUGUGGCAAUCACAAAUGCUCACUCGUCUGUCAUUCUGUGUCCAAUCCGCAAGAUAUGCAGCAGCAGGCUGGCUGUGCCACAUGCGAGGAGGGUUGCAUCAUUCCUCGUCCAACGGGUUGCGCACACGCCUGUCCCAAAGGCUGCCAUCCGCCGCCGUGCACUCCAUGCGGCUUUGUGAUCAAAAGCAAGUGCCAUUGCGGACUCACGCAGUUGGUGUACAAGUGCAGCGAGUACUUCGAUGAGGCAGGCACUGUCCAGGAGAUAAUUGAUCGGAGGGAGAGAUUCCGCAGUUGCGGCAAUCGCUGCUUAAAGAACUAUCCCUGCGCACAUCGAUGCAUGUCAAUAUGCCACUCUGGCAAGUGCCCUAGUCCCGAUCUGUGUCGCAAGAAGGUUCGCAUUUUCUGUGCCUGCAAGAGACUCAAGCAGGAGAUCGCUUGCGACAAGCAUCGGGCUGGGCAAACGUCGCUGGAGUGCGACUCUAGCUGUGUGGCCGAACUCUCCCGUGCUCAGGCGGCGGAGCAGCAGCAUCUGGAGCAGAAGCGCCGCAAUGAGGAGGAACGUAAUCGACUGGAACUGGAGAAGUUUGAACAGAAAUUCGGAAAACGCAAGCACAAAGAACGCAGAACUAUAGAUGUGGGCCCGCCCAAAUCGAAAAUAAAUUGGGAACAAACGGCCAUUUAUGUAGCGUCGGUAAUGAUUGUUCUGGGAGCCAUUGCGGUGGCAUUCUAUGCGGACAGUUAAAGGACAACUACGUAACACUUUUAAGAUGAAUUUAUUAUAUCAAUUUAAACGGAUUAGAAUAAACUACAACAACGACUGAUA